AUGGACAAUAUCAAUGAAAGUGUAAUUGAUGAGCUAUGCUCAUUCUCGUUUGGUUCGUAUUUUGAUAAUGACAGUUUGAUAGUUUCUACUGAUACUGAUAAUAGUGUUAAGCUCUCUAAUACUAUCACUUCUUCCUUCCUCUCGGAUAUUUCUGAGGAUUCUCAAUCAUUUGCAUUUCCAGAAGAUAAGGAGAUGUCGAUGGAAAGCAUAGAUUGGAGUGUGCUGGAGCCUGUCAUAACAUUUGUCUCAUCCAAGUGUAUCAGUCAUGAAUAUAAACCAUCCUCACACAAAUACAAACAAGCUAAUAGCAUAUUAUCAGAUAAAUCAAUAGAGAAUAAGACAGGGUUGGUAGAAUCUCCCAGGAAACUCUUUCCAAAAAAGGACAGUGUCGAUCAGUCAAUUUUCUUUGAUCCUCGUUACCUUUAUUUCUUAAAGAAAGCGUGCAAUCUCAGUAAGAAGGAGUGUGUUGCUUAUGGAAAAGGAGCAGAUAAAACUACUGAUAGAUCGUUCAAAUAA